AUGGGGCAUAUUGGGCAAGUGCCAGCUAAUGGUGGCUCAGCGACUGGGGGCAUUGCCAUAACCUUCACGAAAGACCUUCUGGUUGAUCCUGCAACUCGCGGCGUACACGAUAUCAGACACACUGUCGUUGCUGCAGCCAGUAGUUCUAGCGCCUCCCGCGCACAAGAGUUUCUGAACGAGGUCAAGGCACCUUCCACCGCUAAGGCGUAUGGUUCGUAUGCGGAGCUGGUGCAACACCCGGACAUCGACAUUGUCUACAUCGCUACACCUCAUUCCCACCACUACCAGAACGCAUUGCUUUGCCUCGAAGCCGGCAAGAAUGUCCUCUGCGAAAAGGCCUUCACCGUCAACGCUGCCCAGGCUAAGAUACUCGUCCAUAAGGCGCGAGAGAAAAAUCUUUUCCUGAUGGAGGCAGUAUGGACACGAUAUUUCCCCCUCUCUGUUUAUGUACGUGAGGAAAUAAGCUCUGGAAGAUUGGGUCAUGUAGUGAGGGUCUUUGCGGACAACUCUCGCCCUUCCCAUCCGGAGAAGGUCUGGUCCGACGGCAAGCAUAGGAUGGUCAAUCCAGAACUGGCAGGUGGCGCUCUUCUGGACCUGGGAAUUUACAGCCUUACGUGGGUCUUUCAGACUUUGUACACCACGCAAGCGCCGGCAUCUCGCCAACCACCAAAGGUUGUUUCUAGCAUGGUCAAGUAUCCACCAACAGGCGUUGACGAGACGACCACCAUGCUUCUCACGUUCCCUCGCGACCCGGAGCAAGGAGGAGACAUGCAUGCUGUUGCCACCACGGGAAUGCGUACGUCAAAUAACACCGAUGAAAAAGGCACGUCUGGGCCAGCGAUCCGAAUUCAAGGCACAAAGGGAGAAAUGCAGGUCUGGCCACCCGCAUACCGACCAACGAAGACAAGGCUUAUACUCAUGGACGGCACCACGGAGGACAAGGAAUGGCCACAACCUGGUCCUGGUAAAGGGAGCGGAUGGUUCAACGGCUUUGGAAAGACAAUGAACGCAGAAGGCGAGGGCCACGGAAUGUUUUGGGAGGCGGAUGAAGCCGGGAGAGCCAUUGUGGAGGGACGUAAGGAGGGCAAGUAUGAAAGCCUGGACGAGAGUGUGUUGAUUAUGGAGGUGAUGGAUGAGGUGAGACGGCAACAUGGCUUCAGGUAUCCAGAAAAGAUUGAGACUACCGAAAGAGUCGAGCUCUAA